AGGCCACCCGAAUACCCAUGCAGUUGGCACAAAGUUUUCGAUGGUAUUGGUUCCAUUUGGCUGGCCAAGCGGGCUUCAUUAUCCGGGAGAUCUUCGUGAUUGAGACCUUGGAUGGCUGGUAUUGGGAGGUGUGUGCAGCGAACAUCGCCAUGUGGAUGGUGGUCCUUCUCACGGCACGACAGAUCUGGCAGUUCUCCAAGGUCCGGGAGAGGUCUCCUAAGGCGGUGGACCAGAUUCUUGACAUGCUGCUCUUGCCGAUCAACUACGGAUUCCUUUGUGCACUUUGCGUGCGUAUCUUGAAGUUAGAGAACACCGGGCAGAAUCGCACCAUUGUCUCCGCCAUGAUCGACAGCGCCGACAUUUGGGAGGCCUGGGCUUUGUGGUCCGUGUUGCGCCUCUUCGUUCGUGUGGUCGACAAAGGCUCCGAACGCACAGUCGAGCGGGAGAAUGACCUCCGGCAGCAGCAGGCGAUGGCUGCGAUGGACUCGCAGACCCUGCGACUUCCGCCCAACGCGGCUGCCAACGAGGUGCUCAACUCGCAGACCCUGACUUUGCCACAGCGCCCUUCUCCCAGAGAAGAGUUGCAAGCAGUGCCUUUGAAGCUGCUGGAAGAGCAGAUGGAGGAGGAGGUCCGACGGAGCGUCAGCUGGCCAGGCCCCACCCGCAGCUGGAGCGCUGUGAAGGAGCGCGCGCACUCGGAGGAGUCGCCCAGCCACCAGGAGCGCGGAGGAGUCGCGCUGUCGGGCGGUCAAAGCAGACACGAGGAGCAGUCUUCUACUCGAGGAUUGGUCUUGGCCGAGGGCGAUCCACAUGACGACUUUAGCCUUCCACCAGAUCUGGAACAGCUGGAAGGGGCGCCGAAUGGCAGAUGCACCGACGAGAAGGAUCUUCCACCCAAGAGCGAGGUGUCGAGGGACGACCUGGUUCCGGCAGAGCUUUGGACACUGCAAGGUGAGGCGAACGUCCAGCUGGAGGUGUCUGACAGCAGCACCGAGGCGGGAGCAACUGCCCCGCGCGAGGGUCCCCGGUCCCGCGAGGGUCCCCGCGGAACCGCUGAAGAGGACGGCAGCACCGUCCUCUCAAGCGACUUCAAUGGUGGACUCGAUCACGAGCAGCCUGGCACGGGCCAUCGCUAUUUGGAGGUCGUGAACGCCUUCAAGCGCUUGAGCCUUUCAGGAGUUCAGGCGUGGGUGGUGAUCUUGCUGGUGACUACAGCGCUGGAGAUCAUCUUUAAAGGGAUCCUCGCCCCGACCAUGCCCACGCUCUGUUACCGGGUCUACGGCAACUGUGACUCCUGCAACGUGUGGUAUGACAAGAAUAUCUAUCCGACGGCUCAGGGGAUCAUCUACAUGCUUUGCUCCGCUGCUCUUCUUUUCGUCGUGGCCUUCGAAAGGGUCUUCAAAGACUAUUUGCACCCAAUCCAGCCGUACUGGAAGUUCUGGGGCGUCAAGAUUGUGGUGAGCGUGACCUACUUCCAGUGGUUGCUCUUCAAGUAUGGCUUUCGACUAGAUGAUGAAGAGAUCUAUUUGUGGCACAGCCUGGUUUGUUCCUUGGAAAUGCCCAUCCUAUGCAUUCUGCACGCGACUUAUGCCUAUCCCUAUGGCAAGUUAUGGGUGACGAACCUGCUGGAUGAGCUGGCAGAGGUCUCCAUGGCGCUGAAAGACGACGCGUCACCGGAGCUGCCGAAAGAGUCCUCAGUGACUCGUCUUCGAAAGUGUUGUGAGAAGCUCGAGAGGUGCUUCUACACAAGCAGCAAGUUUGUCAUGUCGGGCACCGCGAGCGUGUUGAUCGUGUGCUGGCUUCUGCCGCCCGAGUUGGAUCUACAGACCAUGCCGCCCCUCUACAACCUCACCUGUGAGGAGGCCAGUGUACCAGCUUUUUUGAAGGAGCAUCGCAAGGGGAGCAAGAAGGAGAGCCAGUGGAAGAUCCAUCAUUACAAUGGGCUUACCUUUGAAGGGCAGGAGUGGUUACCGUUGUGUGCGUCUCAAAGCUUUGAGUGUCCCUUGGGGUACAAAGGGGAGCCUGUGGUGUCUUGCACAGCUGCAGGACAUAUGCAGCUGCAGGGCUCGUGCCAAUUGGUGGGAUGUGGGCCGCCCCUGAAGGUGGAACAUGCCGAUUACAUCAUCAAGAACAACGAGGCGAAGAAGGGUUGGACCAGUGGGAUGAUGGUGGAAUACCAAUGUGAACGAGGCUAUGAUGGUCGCCCGUCUGCAACGUGCGGCCCGGACGGGAACUGGAAGAUCGAGGGCGACGAGAGUUGCUCAUUGAUCGGCUGUGGAUCAUUGGAGACCUUCCUCCAGUCCAAACACCUGUUGUCCCAUGGGCACGGCGGGUGGCAAGACACCAUGACCAUGACCGGUGCCCAUGACCUGGACCGCAGCUAUGUCGGGGAAGCAGUUCGUUUCACUUGCUCACCCGGCUAUUGGGGUCGCCCUGUCGCCUUGUGUCAUGAAGGAGGUCAGUGGGAGAUCGACGAUCCCUGCAUGCCCUUUCAGACCUCCAUGAACUGCAGCUGCAAGCCACACUGGGUGCACUGUGCUGGAUUGUUGCAGACCGACUGCCAGGAGUACUACGGCUGUGCCGCGCCAGCGGCCUCCGCGGCUUGGUGCGAGGUAGACCACGCGAGCUGCCCCAGAGGUGCCGCCGACCCCUUGGGCCUUCAGCCCUCUUGGGAUUACUGUGUCAACGACAACUUCGACAUCGAUUGGCAUCCAAGACACGUUGCAGAUAGAGGUCUCCUGUCGAAACAGGCAGGUUUGUACAUAGGUGCUUUCAUUCUUUCUGCAGCGUGUUCUUUCUGUAUAUUUCGCUGCUUGGUGGGUGUGGCCUUGCCUUUCGUGGGCCAAAAGGUCUUUGACUUUGUGUUGCAGGCUCUGCUGGCCUGCGACUUCUGCGUUGCACGCAUUCCCCGAGUGCUCCGGCGCCAGGGUCGUGUGGCUGCAUGGCGGCUGCACCGGCAAUCUGGCCGAGGAUCUGCUGCGAUAGCCUCCGCUUGGCGUGCGCUUCGCCAACGUAUGAAGCGGCCGUCCAGGGGAGAGGCUGAUCUGAGUUGCGCACUACUUGAAGAAGGUCGCGAAGGAUCCCGGCACCGAGGUGCAGACGUUCCUGAGAGGGGUCUCCCCCUUUGGCGGCGCUGGCGUCAGAAGUUCUGGGUGCUUGGUGCCACUGCCCUUUGACGCGACGCAGGUCCCGGCGACGUCCGAAGUCUUCGUCCAAAGAAUUUCCG